AUGUCUCGCUUCAAAAACGAAUCCGCCAUCCCCCUCUCCCUCGAAACCCUCUGGUUCACCCACUCACCCCCAUCAUUCCCCUAUCCCGCCCUACGCCAGCUCGGCACAAUCCUCAACGCAAACUACGCCUGGCAAAGCACACCCAGUCUCACCCCCGGCCUCGGCACAAAACACAUCUUCAUCGGCGCCGUGGCAUGGGCCGAAGACUCAAACUCGACCAUCCACCCCCCUGGUCCCAGCGGUAUAAUAACCAAGAUCCGCGUCCGCUGGAUCUCUACCUCACCCUCCUCCGCAACGGGAGAAGUAAAAAAUAUCUUCCCUACCACGCCCCCCGCCAGAGCGGAAGUAACUCAUACAAACCUCCAGCGCGCAUCAGAAUGGUACGCUCCGAGUAUCCUGGCGUAUGUUAAAUCACACGUUGGCCUCACGGUUGGGGACGGCGAGUGUUGGACCCUAGCGUACAUGGCGCUGCAGCACGCUGCGGCAAAAGCGCUGCAUGAGGGCAGGGAACCGCCUAUGUUAAGCACGGGGCGCGUACACGGGAGCUUGAUUUUCGAAUGGACUGCUUGCGAAGAGUUUCCUAUUACGUUUAGCAGUGGGAUACUCCGGCAUGUUCCUACGGGUAUACGUGCGGGGGAUAUACUUGAGUUAAGCGAUGGGCGGUUUAGAACCAGAUAUGCCGCGCUGACUGGUCUGGGCCUGGUGGGCACGCGGCAUGAAGAGAAUGUUCGGUUCAGUGCUCAUACGGCUGUUAUUGUUGCGGUGAAGAUGGAGGAUAGCACGUUGGGUGUUAUUGAGCAGAAUGGUCGGGCGCGCUCGGUGGUGGGCGAGAACGAGUAUAAUUUGUCUAAUAUGGUUAGUGGUGUGGUGAGGAUAUAUAGACCUAUUGGCACGUCGUUGGUGAUGGGUUCGAAUUUGCAUGAUGUUUCUCUCGUUGGCGUGUGUGAUGAGUGGUAG